AUGAUGGCGAACAAAAUCAAAGUCGCCAUAGCCGGCGCUACCGGGAACACAGGCUCUUCCAUUGUGAAUGCGCUUCUGAAGAGUCCCGAACUCUUCGAGGAGAUGAAUCUUAUCGAAGCAUCGAGCAAGGUUAACGUUGGUCGAUAUAUUCCAAGCUUUUGGGGCCCGAUCUGCGCACCCCGAGGCGUGAUGAUGCUCAGGGAUAAGAAACAGGAGUUCGUUGACCGUAUCUGGGACCUCCAUCUGCCUUAUACCAUCAUCGACGUUGGAUGGUGGUAUCAGCUGACAUUGCCUGCCCUACCUUCAGGCAGAUUUCGCCCAAUGGUAGAAGAAUACUGCACCACGCGUGUGAUUGGGGACGGCAAUACCCCUUGGGCACUUACCAACAAUCGUGACAUUGGAAAUUUUGUCAGCCGAAUCAUCGCCGAUCCGAGGACCUUGAACAAGAUGGUUUUUGCAUAUGGAGAGGUCAAGACACAGAAUGAAGCCUUCGACAUUCUUGAGAAGGUGUCGGGAGAAACUGUGACACGAGAAUUCAUGACUAAGGAAGAGCUGGAAGGCAUUAUCUCCCAGGGUCGCACAGGUCAGGACAUUAUGACAAUCAACCCCGAGAUUGGUAUGGGAGAGUAUCGGAAUCUGCUUGGUAUUCGAGGCGAGAAUACUCCUGAGUAUGCACGCUAUCUUGGAUAUCUUGAUGCGAGGGAAUUAUAUCCAGAUGUGAAGUUCACAAGCUUUGAAAACUAUGUCAGAGGUAUCUUGCAAACAGUUUGA